CGCACUGUGUGUGUGUGGGGAGCGGUGGCGCAGUGGUUCGCGCACUGCGUACAGUACGUGGAUAAAAGAAACAGACCAAACUUUUAUCGGAAUUUGUAUUGCGCAUGCAACGUGCACGUGGCCUAUCGCGCCUUCCCCGCAUGGAAUGGAAACAGAUGUUCACUGAAAUUUCCGUGCUUUUUUUUCAGAAGCUCUGACUAAACCAGCAGAGUAAAAAAAAAGCUCCUGGUUGGUUUCGUAUUUUUUUUCCUUGUUCUGUAACAGAAGUGGUCCAAGUGGGAUUCAAGGCUCGCCGCUUCAUAAAGUGACCGACAAUUUGUACGACCCCAAUCAGCAUGAGGACAGCGAUGGUGAUACUUGGAAUGGUGAUGGUGGUAAUGGUGAUGGUGAUCAGUUCUGAAAGGCUGGCAGAUGCCUGCCGUGAUGGCCAGCACGCCGUCAGGGUCAAUGAGAAGAGAACCAUUCUCAACUGUUCACUUCCACUGAGCUCUGGAGACCAUUUGGUCAAAAUUGAAUGGAGAAGAGACACUGUUGUUAUAUUUUACUAUGGCAGCGGGAUAAAUCAACAACUGAAAGCAUCUGAAGGAUAUACGUUCUUUGGGAACAUACAGAGUGGAGACGCCUCUCUGGCUAUCGAAUAUGUUGACGCCGUUAAAUUCAGAUCAUUCUCCUGUAAGCUGAUCACGUUGAGAAACCUACAUAUCGACAACGUCUUUUGUUUACUAAGUGACUCAGGGGGGACACGUCAUCCUACGACUGCUCUUACUGCCAACCCAUCAAAACAAAAUGGUGGCAACGUCUACAUUGAAGAUUGGGUGUGGAUGGUGAUAGCGGCCGUGGGCUUCGUAGUCCUCGUCAUCAUCAUUGCACUCCUCGCUGUGUGGACCUACCGGAGGAAUCAGCAGCGGAUCAUCGAGCGCUACAACAGGAGGACGAGUGAGCUUCAGGAAUCAAUGUCCUACAUUAACAUCAAGGACGUUCCUGAAGAAUUUCUUUACGAAAACUAAAGAUGUUCCAUGCGGUGACAAUGUAGGCAUCAGUGUGCUCCUGCAUUGUCCAUUCUAUAUCUACUGCUGGGUGAAGGAACAACAACAACAACAAUUAAUUUGACACGUGAGGCACGAUCCGGCGAUGCGACUGCGGUACAGCGUGCGAUGUAAGACAGUCGAUAACGGUCGCACCGUCAGCUUUGCUCAAGGUCGUCGUAUAGCAAUAAUUGUUGCUCAUUUCAUUCGUAAAACAGAUGAAAUUUUAAUUCCUGACAAUACAUUUCUGAGAUAACAAUUGUUAAAGCGUUACAUUUAUAAUUAAACAUGCUUAAAAAGCAAAUGGGCUUUUCCAUUUCUGGCAAGAAUACAAGAGGUGUUAAGACGUUUAAACAUUGCAAGGCAUCAAGUCUGCAUUAAUCAUACAUACUUGCGAUAAAACAUGCAAACAAACAUGCUUUAAUAACAAUAUGCAUUGUCCUUGAAACUGAUUGGCCUGCUCCAGAGACAGCCACCUUCACAGCUUUGUCUGACCAGUGUUAUACUCGAAAACGCCAAAAGGUGAACAGCACAAAGGCAAUGCAAAUAUCAAAGCAUUAAUAGCUCUGGUUGAACAGUGAAAUCUACGGGGCCCUUUUUGCUGGCAUCAAAAUUAUAUAAUGAAAAACUUUUGUUGGUCAUACUGCAAUGCAGUCAUGCACAGGCACAAUGAACAAAAACAACAAUAGUGUGCUAUUAUGACAAAGCACCAUUGUUCGAAACGUGUCCCAAUCUAUUGAUUUUUAUUUUACGGCAGUGUUGUUAUGAGUGUUUCUUGUGCGCGUUAAUUAUAAUUAAAAUUGGUCGUGAAAAAA